AUGUGUAAACUUGAGAUUUAUGACUUAUUGGCUGUUCUCAACGGAGCAUACACUCCUUUUUAUUUUAGAGCUUACAAGAAAUAUCAACAAUCCCAUCGGCAUCCACCACGAUUGCCUGGAGUGAAUCUCACACACGAUCAACUAUUUUUCCUCAACUAUGCCCAGAUAUGGUGUGGUACGAUGAAUGACAAGGAAGCGGUGCGGAAGUUGCGGACGUCGGAGCACUCACCGGGACCGAUCAGGUAA